AACAUCAUUCGUUUGUUUGAAUCGGCAACAUGAAACUCUUGGCAGUGACUCUAUUGGCUUUCGCCGCGGUCGUCUCCGCGAGGAACAUCGACCUCGAGGAUGUGAUCGACCUCGAAGACAUCACCGCCUACGAUUAUCACACCAAGAUUGGAAUUCCUUUGGCCGAGAAGAUCCGUGCAGCUGAGGAGGAAGCUGAGCGCAACCCAUCCAGAAUUGUCGGUGGCUCUACUUCCAGUCUCGGUGCAUUCCCUUACCAGGCUGGUCUUCUCGCUACCUUCGCUAGCGGACAGGGUGUCUGCGGUGGUUCUUUGCUUAACAACAGGAGGGUUCUUACCGCCGCUCACUGCUGGUUCGAUGGUCGCAACCAGGCUAGGAGUUUCACAGUUGUCCUCGGCUCAGUGCGCCUGUUCAGCGGUGGCACCAGACUGAACACCGCUAGCGUGGUCAUGCACGGCAGCUGGAACCCUAACCUCAUCCGCAACGACAUCGCCAUGAUCAACUUGCCUUCCAACGUUGGUACUUCUGGUAACAUCGCUCCUAUCGCCCUGCCCUCUGGAAACGAGCUGAACAACAACUUCAACGGUUUCACUGCUACUGCAUCUGGCUUCGGUCUUGCCCGUGACGGUGGAAGUGUCGAUGGCAAUCUGAGACACGUUAACCUGCCCGUGAUCACCAACGCCGUAUGCAGUCAGACCUUCCCCGGUCUCAUCCAGGCAUCCAACAUCUGCACCAGCGGUGCCAACGGCAGAAGCACUUGCCAGGGUGACUCCGGCGGUCCUCUUGUGGUGAACAGCAACAACAGACGCAUCUUGAUCGGUGUGACCUCUUUCGGAUCUGCCCGUGGUUGCCAAGUCGGAGCUCCAGCUGCCUUCGCUAGAGUUACCUCUUUCAUCAGCUGGAUCAACCAACGUCUUUAAGAAACAUAACGAAACCUUGACUGAAACCUGUGAUGUAUAUUUACUUACCUAAAAUAAAAUUAACAUAAUUAUUAAAACGAAAA